GUGUGUAUAUAUAAACAGCAGGCAUAAGCCACUCUGCGCCGGGACACUGCUACUGACCAGGACCAGAGAGAGGAUGUUAAUCCCCGCUCUAUUCUUCGUGAUGGUGGUGAAACUGACCUGUGCCAGCCUGACCGAGGCUCCGCCCACACUGGAGUCAGGUUCACAGUGUCUUGACAUUGGUCUGUCGCGUUCUAUGCGAGUAAUUGCGGGUGAAUCAGGGAGGAUUCCCUGCCCUCCCUUCUCAUUCCCCACCCUCUACAGCUACAACCAAAGCUCGGGUCAGACACUGCUGUGGUACAGACACACAGACACACACGAGCUGGAGGAGCCCAUACACCUGCGCACACACCGAUUCCUCAAAUACCGAGAUUCACUCUGGAUACAGCCCACCACACUGCAGGACAGUGGACUGUACAUCUGUAUGCUCAGAAACAACUCCUCGUGUGUGAAGAUGGGGGUUCAGUUGCAGGUGUUUGCACGUGUUGGAAUGUGUGAUAGUGCGGUCCACCAGAACAUCACUGUUCCAUUGGACAGUCAGUACACACUCCGCUGCCCUGACCAGCAGCAUCUCCCCACCAACAGCACACACAACGUCACCUGGUACCAUAAGUGCAUGAAGGAAUUUACUGUCCCAAGGGAAGUGAAGGGUGAUGAGUUGGUGAUCUAUAUUAUGUAUGAUCAUUAUGCUGGGCCCUACACCUGCGUCGUCUCCUACCAGAGUGGCGGACAUACGCUCCAGUUCACACGCACCAUCAACAUCAGGGCCGUCCCACCCAGGAGAGGGACUAAGCAUCCAAGGAUUUUAAAUCCAGCAUCUGGUCAGAUCUACAAAGUUACUCUGGGUGAAGAUGCUGAGCUUACUUGUCGGGUGUUCCUGCCUUACCUGGACGAUGAGGAGGGGUUGGUGUGGUGGACCAUCGACAACAAAACAGUAAAGGAGCUGGGAGAUCCCCGCUACAGCUCACCUGAAACCAGGGUGGAGGAUGACAAUGAUGAUAAUAAGACUGUGCUCACAAUGCUGCGUGUGAAGGAGUUUUCAGCAGCAGAUCUGCUAAGAGAAUUUCGCUGCUCCGCCCAGAACAGCAGAGGACUUAAUUUCAGCAUUGCUACACUAGAGAAAGAGGUGUAUAUUCCCACAGUGGAGCUGGCGUGUGGGCUGGGUGUAACGCUGGCUUUAGCUGUGCUGCUGAUCGUUCUGUAUCGUGUGUUUAAACUGGAAGUUCACUUGCUGUACCGUACCUGGUUUGGGACUGAUGAGAGAAAUAUUGAUGAUAAGGAGUAUGAUGUGUACAUCUCCUAUGCACGUAAUGGUGAGGAAGAAGAGUUUGUCAUGACUACGCUGAGAAGAGUGUUGGAGGUGGAUCUUGGAUACACUGUCUGCAUCUUCGACAGAGACAGCCUGCCUGGAGGGAACCUGCUGGAGUGUGUGUUCAGGUGUAUGCAGGCGAGUCGCCGGCUGCUGGUUGUCCUGAGCAGCGAGUGUGUGUGCGAGAAGAGCGUGAGCCUGCUGGAGUGCCGCCUGUGUGUGUACCUGCACCACACACUCCACACGCCACUGAUUACGAUACGGAGGUGUACCCUCGGUGCCACCUGUGGAGAGCUGACAGAACUGCGACGGAGCUCCACCUGCAUCCGCUGGCACGGCGCACGCUCGGAGAGGGCCGGCUCACGCUUCUGGAAGCUCCUGCGGCUGGCCCUGCCCGUCCGGCCGCUGGCGCUGGGCCGACGCCUCAUCGACAGCACGUCCUCACAUUCCGACCUCGCAGCGGUCGCACUCAGACACACACACACCCUCUCACACAUGCGACAGGGGGGCGUAGUCAGGGGAGCACCAAAGGUGACAGGUCAACGAGGUCAGAGACAGAGGGGGCGGGGCUGUGACCAAAAAGGCCAGGGUUGCGUUGUGUGUGUGAACUUUUUGGAGAGUCGCCGCAUUUGGGGCGGAGCCACCGUGCCCCAGUGGAACACACGCCUACAGCACAAUGCAACGACCAAUGGGACGCUCACACACGCGCCACUGCAAACUGUGCUCAACCACACCACACACAAUGUGACCUCUGACCCCAAGGACAACCAGGACGAUGAAACUAGAGCAACACAGUGGUCAUGUGACCCCAACCACAGCAACCACAUUGGUGAAAUACAAACAACACACUGCUGAAACCUGUAACACAUAAACAUGGCACAUUUUGGAGGACAUGUUGGAGCACUUGUUGGAACUUGCUUUAAAGUGAUUGGUUGGGCAGUUGAGAGUAGAGAACAUGUGGUGUGUAAACAGGUGUGGUGGGUGAGUCUUUAAGAAGGAGGAGCUGUGAAGAGGUGGAGGUGGGGCUUCAGGAAAAAGCUGUAAGAAGAGGACAGAGAAGACAGAUGUUAGAAAAGGCAAAGCUUUCGGAAGGUGCGGUGUUGUGAAAGUAGGCGUAGCUCGAGAAUGAGGGCUGCUUUAAGAGAAGGCAGAAGCUUGGGAAAGAGGAGGAGCGGCUUUGAAAACGAUGGAUGCUGUGCGAGCAGGCAGGGCUUUAUUAAGUGGAGGAGGAGACACUUAAAGAAGUGGGAGUUCUGCUAAAGAAGAGGCAGUGCUUUAAAAAAUAGGAGGACGGGCUUGCAAAAGAGGCAUUCUCUAAAAGGAGGCAGGGCUUCAUGAAGAGAAGGAGGAGCUUGAAUAGGAGAGACAGGUAUUGGAAGGGGCCCAGCUUUGGGAGGGUUUGGUGCUGUAAGAGGAGGUGGAGCAUUGAAAACAGGUGGAGUGGCUUUUGAUAAGUAGAUGUACUGUGAGAGCAGGCAAGGCUUCAUGAAGAGAAGAAGAGGCAGUGCUUUGGGAGGUGUGGUGUGGUGAGAGUAGGCGGAAUACUGUAGAUGGGAGUGGCUGCCAAAUAAAGGCAGUACUGUGAGGG